AUGAUGCUGGUUUAUAAUACAAUCUAUGCUUUAUGUAAAAUAUGUAUUUUGCAUGAUAAAGAAAUAGCUUAUCAUUCAAAAAUGUUUCGUAUUCCACAACUAUGUCCAAAGACAACUGCUUUAAUCGUUACCAAACGUUUACAACAAACAACACCAACAUCUUCAUCAAAGUCAUCGCCGUCAUCUCAAACAAAAACAGCGUCCAGUGAUGAAACACAUAACGCAGCAGUCAAACGAACAACACAGGCGGGCACAACAACAACGCAAGCGGAUACAACAACAGUCAAAACUUCUGGUAAAACAGAUGGUAGAGCAGACUAUCCAGCAGAUGGUGGAAAUCGUUCGAAUGUAUUAAAAAUGACAGGCUACGCUUUGGCAAUAGGAGUAACAACUGCACUCGUUUAUGCCGAAUAUGAGAAUGGAAAAUUUCGUCGUAAGGUAGAAAAGACUAUUCCACUAUCUGGUACAUUAUUAGGCGGUUUAGACAAGAUUAUUGAUCCGGUGUUUGGUCGUCGCAAAAACAUCAUUCAGACAAUCUCAGAUGAAUUGCCUGAUAUGGCUAAAGUAAAAGAGGGGGCGAAAAUUGUUCGUGACCAAUUGCCCGAAUAUAAAACGGUGAAAGAAACAGCCAAAGAUGCAGCUCAUGCGGUAUAUGAACAGUUGCCCGAAAAGAAAACCGUUCAGAAAACUCUAGCAGCGACUAAAGAAGGUGCUAAAGAUGUUGCCAAUGCUGUUUACGAACAAUUACCGGAAAAAAAGACCGUGCAAAAAACAUUGUCAUCGGCUAAGGAAACAGUCAAAGACGCAGCUAAUGCUGUGUAUGAGCAGUUGCCAGAGAAGAAAACAGUGAAAGAUACACUAUCAACAGCCAAGGAUCAAUUAAAACAAGCAGCUACCACUGUACAAGCGACAGUGAAAGACAAUCUUCCAACGGGAACUGGUCGAUCCGGUGACAAAACGAAUGAUCCAAUGUUUUUAGAUGAACCUGGUGCGCCGUUAGCACCGCCCCCAGUACCCAGUGAUAAAAAAUCAAAACUCAAAUGA